AUGAAUGUGGGCAAUGAUGAAGCUCUUGACCUUCCUCUUGAUGGAAAGCAAAUUGAAUGCGAGUUAGACGUGGAUGAUAAUGAGAAUAAUGAUGGGUCAAAUAAUAUGAUUUUUGGAAAUCAAAUUGUUGAAGAACCGAAGGUCGGUAUGAAGUUUGAUUCUGAAAAAGAUGUUGUAUCAUAUUAUAUGCAAUAUGCCAAGCAAGUAGGUUUUGGUGUGAGAAGAAGAACUCGUAAAAUUGGAGAUGAUGGAAAUUUAAGAUAUUUCACCAUUGCAUGUGUUCGUGAAGGCAAGUCAAAAAGCAAAUCAUCUAACAUUGUUAGGCCAAAACCAAUGGAAAAAAUGGGGUGCAAGGCGAAGAUCAAUGCAAAAUUAUAUUAUGAUGGAAGGUUUACAUUGUCUACUGUCGUACUUGAACACACUCAUGCAGUAAGUCCAAGUAAGGCAAGAUAUUUUACAUGCCAUAAGAAGUUAGAUGCUCGUGUGAAAAGAAGGCUUGAAGUAAUGGAUAAAGCUGGAGUUCAUCCAAGUAAAAACUACAAAGCUCUUGCUAUUGAAGCGGGUGGGUAUGAGAAUCUUUCAUUUGGAGAGAAAGAUUGUAGAAAUUACAUUAACAAAGUAAGGAAUGAGUUGCUUGGAGAAGGAGACGCUGAAGCAUUUCUUAAAUAUUUAAUGCGAAUGCAAGAAAAAAAUGACCGCUUCUUUUAUGUCAUAAACCUGGAUGAAGAAAGUCGUUUGAAAAAUGUGUUUUGGGCAGACGCACGAAGUAGGGCAGCAUAUGAAUCUUUUGGAGAUGUCAUAACAUUUGACACAACAUACUUGACUAAUAAAUACAAGAUGCCAUUUGCGCCUUUUGUUGGAGUAAAUCAUCAUGGUCAAUCCAUACUUUUUGGGUGUGGAUUACUAUCAAAUGAAAAUACUGAUACUUUUGUGUGGUUGUUCAACACAUGGUUGAAAUGCAUGUCAGGCCGAGCUCCUAAUGCAAUUAUAACUGAUCAAGAUAGAGCUAUGCAAGCUGCAAUUGAGAUAGUAUUUCCAAGAGCUAAGCAUAAAUUUUGUUUAUGGCAUAUAAUGAACAAAGUUCCGCAAAAACUUAGAUCAUACUCUAAAUAUGAGAACUUUAAGGGCGCUCUAUUAAAUUGCGUAUACGACUCUUUGACUUGUGAUGAAUUUGAAAAAAGAUGGCAAGAAGUAAUUGAGAGAUAUAAUCUUCAAGAGAAUGCAUGGUUGUGUCAGUUAUAUGGUGAGCGACAUCGUUGGGUACCGGCAUAUGUGAAAGGUACAUUUUGGGCCGGAAUGUCCACUACACAACGAAGUGAGAGUAUGAAUGCUUUCUUUGAUGGUUAUGUGGGGCCAAAUACCUCUUUGAAGAAAUUUGUUGGGGAUUAUGAUAAUGCUUUGAUGAGAAUGGUUGAGAACGAGAGUCUAGCUGAUUUUGGUUCAUUUAAUAAAAUGUUUCCACUUAUAACUCUUCAUUCUAUUGAGCGUCAACUUCAAGGUGCAAUUUCUACUUAUGAAGUUAUUGAUCGUGUAAGAGUUAAUGAUGACUUCGCGAAAGAAGUAAAGUAUUGUGUUUACUUUAAUGACGAUGAAUGCGAUGUGAAAUGCACUUGUAGAUUGUUUGAAUUUAGAGGAAUCAUGUGCAGACAUGCGCUUAUUGUUCUCACCUUGAUAAAAAGUGUUGAAGAGUUGCCAUCCAAAUAUAUUCUUGAUCGAUGGAGGAAGGACUUGAAACGAAAGUAUACAUUCGUUAAAAGUAGUUAUGACGAUUUGAGUGGCAACCCUAAAGCACAAAAGUAUGACGAUUUGUGCAAUGAUUUUUUUGAAGUAGCAUUCAUCGCAUCGGAAGACACUGAAACAUAUAUGAAGAUGAAGACUUGUGUACGUAAGUUAAAAGAGGAAUUGCUUCACAAUGGGUUAAGGGGUGAAAGCAGAUUAAGUAGUGCACCUUCUCUUCAUCUUCCAGGUGCAUAUUCCAUUGGUAGUGUAGCAAUUGAUGGGAGCUUUAAGAAAUGUAAUAAGUUGCGGAGUCCUUUAGUUGCAAAAAGUAAAGGGAGGCUACCAUCAACAAGCAAGCAAUCUGUUGUAGAAAGGGUUGUUAGAAAAUUCGAGCUUCAUUCCACCAUUGGUUUAUGCGAUUAUGGGCAGCUCCAGAGAUUUGGCUGUGGGGACUAUUGCUUUUGCAUCACUUUUCACGGGUUCAAUGUUGGGAAAAGAAGUUAA